UUGAAAAAACGUUUUCUUCUUUUUGAAAAAAAAAAAAAUGCGCCCGGUUUUAUUACAAUUGAUCACAAGAAAGAUUUGACAGGGUAUGUUCAUGAGCUGCAAAGGCCGCAUGUGAUUGCAGACCAGAAUCCGCGGCGUUUCGGUUUUGGAUGAGCUUCUUGUUGGUGGCGUUUUGGACCGGGUUCAGUUUCCAUAGCUUGACUAGCUCUAUACACAUUCGGUUGUUCGGUCACAUAACUCUGGCGGAUUUCUUUGUUAGUCCCAGAAGUUCGCGACUGCCUGUUAGCACGCGAGUUCGAGUGUUGCAGGAUUUGCUGGGCGGCAUUGGGUGGUACGUUGAGUGCAGAGUUGAGUGGCUGUUGUGACGAUGAUUGAUGAAGCAAUUGGGUGUUUCGGUUAAUAUGGUGGCGAUAGAUGGAUGACCGGGGCUGACGGAGCAAAAGAAAUGAUGUAGGUCAGAAAAAUUGACCGAUGUUGGU